ACGGCUGCUACUCUGAAACCUCCAGGUAUGUGAGUCUAGGGACAACAAGGAGAAUGAUAUGGUGGAUGAGGAAGAGGAAGAGGAGAAUGGGGGACAGGUGAAUGGUGGAUCUAUUCUCCUCGAGAGCCAGGAAAUAUUUUUAAUCUUGGAGCCCUGGGGGUUGCAGGACAUCAUGGUGGCCAACCAUGAUGCUGGAGAAGGCACCUCUGCUGGAAAUGUGUCCUUCAGCAUGUUAUCAACACCUGAAAGCAGACUUUUGCGGAUUAGGAUGAGGAGAAACAGAAUGCAGGAGGACAUGUUCACCAAGAUCAUGAAUGCCUCUGGGACAGUUGACACAGAGCUGAGAGCAUGGAGGAUUUCACUGUCUGAGAAGUUAGACACGGACAUGGAGAGCAGGAAAGCUUCCCAUAAGCAUGAGUGUGUGGCGCAGGAUGAGAUGCUCUGGAUUAUGAGGGACAAAUCAGACAUGUUGAGGUGUCUGGUUGAACUUCAGGAACAGAAGCAGAAAGGUAGAGUCCUUCUGCACACCCUGUGGCAGAGCCAGCCAGCAUUGCCUGAUGCAGAAUCACCCUCUGCGAAGCAUUCCAUGAGGCAUGGGAGAAAAGUCCAUUAUCCCUUUCACUUAAUUCAGGGGGUGGGUACAAGGAACAGAAGGUGCCCAUUCACAGACCUUUGAUGGUCUGGAAUGAGGUGUUGUUCUUCUUACAGCUAAAAAUGUUCAACUUUACAACCCCUUUUCCCCAAGCUAACUUUUUUU